AGCGCCUGGGCGCGGAGGUCCCCUCCCUCCUCGCUCCGAGUCUGCCAGCUCCCGCUCGCUCCCUGCCCACUCCCGGGGGGCCGUUCCGUGGCGCGGCCGCCGCGGCCACCGCUUCUUUCACACUUUAGUUGCCGCGAGCCGCGCGCCGCGCUCAGUGACUGGAGAGAGCUGGCCGCGCGCCGCCUUCCCGCACGCACGCACGCGGGCCCGGCUCCGGGGUUUUCGGCUUUUACUCCAGGCGGCGGGGAGGAGGGGGAGCCCCGGCCACACUGUAGGGAGGAGGAGGACGUGGAGGAGGGAGGAAGAGAAGAGGCGAGGAGGCCAGGGGCGGGGGGCGGGGGGCUUGCCACCUUCAGCCCCCCCCCGCGAGCGCCCAAGGUGUACACACCGUUACCAGCACAGCCACAAGGUGGAUUUCCUGUGUGCUUAAAGAGAGAGAAAGCAAUGUCUCCGUGUCUGUAGAGAUGAUUUGCAGUCCAGCCCUGCUGAAGCUGACCGAAUGAGACUAUGGGCUGUGCCUCUGCCAAGCAUGUCGCUACUGUUCAAAAUGAAGAGGAAGCACAGAGAGGGAAGAGCUACCAGAACGGGGAUGUGUUUGGCGAUGAGUAUAGGAUCAAACCUGUGGAAGAGGUCAAAUACAUGAAAAACGGGGCAGAAGAGGAGCAGAAAAUAGCAGCCAGAAACCAAGAAAACCUGGAAAAAAGUGCCAGCUCGAACACAAGGCUUAAAACUAAUAAAGAAGUCCCUGGAUUAGUUCAUCAACCCAGAGCAAACAUGCACAUCUCUGAAAGCCAACAAGAAUUCUUCAGAAUGCUGGAUGAAAAAAUCGAAAAGGGUCGGGAUUACUGUUCUGAAGAAGAGGAUAUCACAUAGCAGCGAUUCUCAGUCAGACCAGGAGCUACUACUGUGUAAAUAGGUUACACCCCAGUUGAAACCUUUGCAAAGGUCGGUCCUCUUCACUGAACAGCACUAUAGCGAACGAAGACUGUUCCAUGUCCUAUGCCCCAUUAAAUUACAGUGUUUCUUAAUGAACCUGCAGAGGAAUAUUGCUAAACACAAACACACACACACAAAAACAAAAAAAAAAAAAAAAAGAAACUGUUCUGGAACUUUCUUUGUUGCUGCUAGUUAAAACUUGUUGCAACUUUUCACUUCUCUCGUGUCCAAGUAUGCAGCAAAAUUCUGCAGUUCACUUUAAAGAUACUAUUGGUUUCAGGAUGCUCUCUAGCCUGUAUCCUCCACGAUGGGUAGAGGUGGACUCUGAUACUGACGUCAGUUCUAGCCUGGUUCUGCUUGGAUGUCAAGCAUCCCCUCCCCUGUAUUCUCUUUAUCCAUCUCUUUCGAGUGGUCCAGAGAUGGCCUGAGCCUUGCUUCUCACUGAUAACGUGGGGCUUUGGACAUGGGAUGGUGGCCACGGUGAGCCUAGUUUCUCUGCUCGAAAGAGCCACAAUUGAUUGAAAGCCUGUUGUGACCUGACUCCCGGAAGUGACAAAGGAACAAGCGAGCGAGCGAGUGAGCAUAGGUUGUUCCACUUACUAGAACUCUUAGUGCAGGAUUAAGCUUGUAGCAUUGGCUUUUGCUUGGAUGCAAAUGGAAGUGUGACCACAUGACCACAAUCAUUUUCAACCCCUCCCUCCUCACUUUUUUUUUCUAAGAAAAUAAACAUUUUGCUGUUUUUCUGUAUCCUUGUCUUCUCCCAUUCAUCUAGUUCAGCAUUUUAAAAUGACCCUAGGUGUGGAAGCUAAGUCCUCCCUCACAGUGAUACUGAGGAUUGGCCUAAAUGGCUCCCCACCCUUCUGGAGACAUCAACCAUGGUUUGGAAGGGCUAUGAGUGGUCAGAGGAGAUGAGGCGACAACCCCGUGACUUCUUAGGAGGGCUGGAAACCACUGUCAACCUUUCACUCUGUUAACUAUCAGAACACGCUGUUUUCUGAGUUCCCCCUUCCAUGUGUUAUGUGAGCUUUGCCCCUUCAUUCGAUUCUGUUUCCAGCUCUUGUAGUGUGGGUAAAAAAGUGUCUGCCUACUAGAAAACAUAGGACAUUCACACUGGUGAUGUUACUUGGAGAUGUGAAAGCCAAAAGCCCCUGGUGGUGGGGAGUGUUGACUGUGUGUUCAGUAGAGUUUAUUUUUCCAUACUAUAUGAAGAGAAUGAUCUCUUCUCAAAGACAGAAGUAAUAUUUUUAACAAAUAUUGUCACAAGUAAAUAGCAAUCAAAAGGAAAAAAAUAACUUUUGUAUUUUUUUAAUCGUGUUUGAUAGCUUUGAUGAGGGUUCUCUUUGUUACUUUCAAGGGAGGGCACCCUGUGAAAUGCCACGCCAGCAGUCCAGGAUUGGGCUUGUCCUACACACACACACACACACACACACACACACACACACACACACACAGAGGAAUGCUGUGUUUUUCUCUGAGGGUUGUGAAUUUCAAGGGUCUCACUAUCAGCCAUGCUGCCUGCCACCUCAGAAGAUGGAAUAGUUACAUGAGAGACAGUUAAGAUGUUCCCAAUUGUCCAGAAAUUGUCUGCCACACUGACUAAAACAGGAAGCUAAAUUCGUUCUUGCCAAAAUGAGCCUUGACUUUCAAAGCUGUCCACAAAAUGGCAAGAUUCUUCAUCUCCUGUCAGACCCAAGGCAGCAAAAGUGAGGGGGGAAAAAUGCAGCCAAGUUCUAUAGAAAAUGGACUCGGGUGUUAGCAACAAAAUGCCAUAAUUCUUGCAUCCAGCAGCAGCUAUUUUGGGGAGCAGCUGUGGUCGUUACAUAAACAGAGCAGAAAAGUACAGGGAGAGUCGAGCAGUCUAGGGCUUUAAGUUCCCUCCCCUUGCGUGUUUUUUCGGCCAAAGGACAAAAAUAGUUUUCCUCAACUGUAAGUGAACUGCUAAACCCCACCUCAGCCCUGUUCGUUGGAGACUGUUCCCUGUUCUCUGGAUGGCCUUUUCCAGGAUCUCGUGUUCUUAUCAAGCAAGAAUGAAGUGAAUGUUAACGUCUUCCAUUUGACUCCUCUACUUGGUGUCUAAGACAGUGUCUUUCCAGAAGACCAACUCCAUGUACCCGAAGAUGAGACACCCAUGUCCUUUCCCUCAAUCACAGUUAGCAUCUUGGAUGUCACUCAUGUUUCUUGGGAACCUCAUUUUUGAGUGUUAAUGAGCCCCGAAGUGCUGUUUAGGAAACAGCGGUUUUCCACCAUUCUCUCUCCCAUGUUCCUCUUGGAUACUUUGCUGUAACGAAGUGAUUCUAUCUUCAGACUUACAUUUGGUUACCUCUAAAUAUAGGUCCAAGAAAUGGGAUGGUUGACUGGGUUGGCAUGAAAUGCCUGACUGUGUUAGCAACACUCAAAACUGUCUGUUUUCCAUUUGUUGGUUUGAAUCAUAAAAUUGUCAAGUGA